AUGUGCGUAUGGGACAGCAGCCAGUGUACUUCAACAUUUACUACAUCAAGAUUUUCUUUUCCCACAGAGAAGCUAUUGAAGAAGUUUUUGUCACAGGUCUGGAAGUGGAUUUCCCAGAGUUUAAAACAAAUAAAGACACUUCCAAGCAGAAGAAGAUGCCACUUGAUCUAUGCGGGGUUCUCGUCUCCUUUAGCUACUUAAAAGUGUCGCUAAGCAACAGAGAGGUUGAGAAAGGGUUCUCACUCAGAACCACUGGUGCCCAGAUUUCAGCAAUACCACAAAACAAAACUGAAGAUCUCAACUGUCUCGCUGUCACUUUCAAUGACACAAAGCCAAAGAGCAACACAGAGAUAAAGAUCAGAACAUGCAAUUUCAAACUCAAGACGCCAGAAAAAACAACUUUCAGUGUGUGUUUGGACAAAGACUUUCGAAGAAAAUUUAUGGAUGUUGAAAGCAUUGAGGUCACUACAUGUCGGGACCCUGGAUAUUACGUUCAAAAAUCCUUAAAGUCAAAGUUCAUGACAGAAGACGACGCUGACGCUGAUGCUGGACUGAGCAAAUACAUGAGCAAAGGAUUGACUCUGCCCAUAAACACAUUUGCAGGAAUAAUCGAUUAAUGAACAAAGAUGGAGGAUGAAGAGCUUGCGGUGACUGCAAAGGCCAGUUCUUGCUGUUUGUUUUGUGCAUUGUGUUUUAAACAGUGCACUGUACAGUUGUGUCUCCGUGUGACACUUCACCAAGCAGGUUUUACUGCAUUAUGUACUUUUCAUUUGUGAAUCACAAGUUGAUCACUGAUACAGGAAGUAUUUAAUCUUAAACACAGAUAAUUUACUAACACUAAUGCUGGCAUGGUAUUAAGUUUCUCAUAGACUUAAAGAAACACUCAAUUUCA